GGAUAAUACAAGCCUCGAUAUAGCGCAAUUUAUCAAAAUCCUAUGUCUUGGGUAUCAGGCCAUUGAUGGUCAACUGAGUAAGUACUAAAGCUAUUCAGUCGCUGCAGGUGUCUAUCCUACAAUCUCCAAGGACCGCCCCUCACUCUGCCACAGUUGUAAUACACAAACAUGGGCUUCACAUACGAACGAGUCGCCGACAACCCGUCAGACCCAGAACUUGUCUCCCCCUCCGACACCCCCGAAGACGAGACUCUACUGUCCCAGCCGCCAUCCACGCGCCAUUCCCUCCUCAAAAGAACAAUAACUUACCUGCAAUCAACCUCCAAGCCCCUCCUCUUCCUUCAAACCCUCACCAUCCUCCUCGCCCUCUGGGGCCUCACCAACCUCACCACCACCCUCUUCCACACCGUCCACUCCCCUCCCCAAACCAAAACCUGCUACUGCGGCACCUCCACCACCGAAGCCCUCACCCUAAACUGCAAGUUCGACUCCCUGGCCGCCGCCUGGCUUCCCCCACACUGCCGGGACGACGAACUCACCGCCGAAUUCGACCACGCGGGGCCCGGUCCCAACGGGACCUGGACGUACUACGCCGAUGACUAUCACACGAUUCCUAUGAGUAUUGACGAGGUGGCAUUACUGGCGGAUAACCAGUCGGCACGGGUACAAAUGACGAGGGAGUGGCAUGUCGUGCAUUGUUUGUUCUAUUGGAGGAAGAUGAUACGGGUGAGGGAUCGGGCGGCGGAGGGGGUGAUGAUGGAGCCUAGCUUUGAUAAUGAAGAGCAUGUCAGGCAUUGUAUUGGGGUGGUGCUGGGGGAGAGUUGGGGGACGGAGGCGCGGGUUGCGUUGGAUACGUGAUUUUUGUUUAGUGUCUUUACGAGCGUACGAGGAGGAGCCGACUGAGUUGGAGAAUUGACCAGCUUGUGGUACCGAGUGACAGCGGACCGAAGCGCCGGGCGGACGUCCGUCGGAGGAGACAUCAGCCGCUAUAAAGUACCUUCUGUAUUCAGUCUAGCUCGAUGCAUGAUUGCUGCGCCGUUUAAGCGCCAGUUGCCCCGAUGGAAAGGCAACCAACCCAACAGGGAGUACAUCUAGGCACCCGGUGCGGGGAAAUCGCAAACACGGCGGGAAAUGUUGGACUAGGUGGACUUGGAUAAAUGUUCCUCACUUGUCUUACAGUUAGCGGUUUACUGACACAACCUGGGCUUGUGAUCACUCUUCAACCAUGACUUUCGAGUCUAUCGCGAAACACC